UUGGUAGUUGUUUAAGCUGUGUAAUUCGGUCUUCACAGAAACACAUAAGGCCUCCAUUACUGCCCCUUCCCUUAAAGACCGGCCUAAGCUUCGGGGUUAGCCUCCUUACGAGGAGGCAUAUAAUGGCAUUGAACAAAGAGAACAAGACCAUGAAUUGGAACUGUAAAUUCUUAGUCUUUUAGAAUUUGCAGUCCAGACUCAGAAAGACAGAGUGAUUAAGAAGAGCUUGAAGCUUACUCUUGAGCUUUUUUGUCUGAGAAAAGUUGUUGGGUUCUGUUAGUUUUAGCUUAGCUACAGAGAGAAUCAAGGGAGGAAACUUUGUGGGGUUCAGAGUUUUCUUUGAGCUGUUUAUUUGGGUAUCUUGGUUUUUUUCUCUCUCUUGAGAUUUGAAGCCAGGGAGUGUUCUAGAGUCCGAAAGCUUGGGUGGUGAGAGAAAAUGGAUUACAAAAGUGAGGGUGAUAGGAUGGAUGAAGUGAUGCUUCCUGGUUUUAGAUUUCAUCCAACUGAUGAGGAGCUUGUUGGGUUCUAUCUCAGGAGGAAGAUACAGCAUAAGCCACUCUCAAUUGAGCUAAUAAAACAGCUAGAUAUCUACAAGUUUGAUCCCUGGGACCUUCCCAAGAUGGCGACUAUAGGAGAAAAGGAGUGGUAUUUCUAUUGCCCAAGAGACAGAAAAUACAGGAACAGUGCUAGACCAAACAGAGUAACAGGAGCUGGGUUCUGGAAAGCCACAGGAACAGAUAGACCUAUCUAUUCAUCAGAAGGAUCAAAGUGUAUUGGUCUCAAGAAAUCGCUGGUUUUCUAUAAGGGGAGAGCUGCGAAAGGAAUUAAGACUGACUGGAUGAUGCAUGAAUUCAGGCUCCCCUCUCUCACUGAUUCAAACUCUCCAAAGAAGCCCCUUGACAAGAACCUGCCUGCAAAUGAUUCAUGGGCAAUAUGCAGGAUCUUCAAGAAAACCAACUCCAUGACACAAAGAGCACUUUCUCAAUCAUGGGUCUCUCCAUUACCAGAAACCAACAAUCAAGACAUAUUCUCAAAUAAUAUAAGCUACACUAAUUUCUCUUCUGAGAACAUCUCUUGUACCAGUGAAGCUGGACCAGGCACACAGUUCUACAGUGAGAUACUGCAUGCUUCAAACCCUGAUUUCUCUCACUUAAACUUAGCCUCUUACAAACCCAUCAACUCCACAUUGAGCAAACCAUUUCCAUUAACCCAAACGUCAGCUCCUGAGUUUGCUUUCUCUCCUCUUGAUAUGUUAGGACCUGCAAAAUCCACCAUGGAUAUAGCCUCCAUGCUCCUCAAUCUCUCUCCUCAAAUUCUUGGUGAUGGUGGAAAAGCCUCUGCAAAUGUCGAGUUUGGGCAGCAACUGCAGAACCAGAGUAGCAGUUUCGGUGUGAAUUUACAGCCUCAGAUGAAUGAAAACUCGCAAAAUGGAGAAGGGGAAGCUUGUUUGACUAAGAGAGAAAAUAACAGUCGUGAUGUCAGUGGUAAUCAAUGGUGCAAUGCUAGAGCAGGCGGUUUUCCCUUGAAUUUGCCAUCGGCUCUAUUCGAUGCCUGGAAACCAAAUUGGUCAUGGGAUUGUUCAUCCUGCCCUAGUGAGAUGUCCACAAACUAUUCCACGAGUAAGAGUUAUACAUGAUGAGAGAGAGAAGAAUAAAGUAAUUUGUUACAAGAGUGAAGAAAGAAAUGUUUAGGGACAGUUAGCUCAUAUUGUUGUUAUAAAUACAGCAAAGAAGGUCAAGUUUUUAUUGUGCAUCAGACCAAAGCUUUCCGAGGCCUGUGAAUAUCAGAAAGGCCCCAUAAUAGUAUCAUGGAUUUUUUGUGUAUCUUUAAGCAGCCCCCUUCUCUCUAGGCCACUCAAGAUUAUAAAUACUAUGUUUUGCUUAAUUUUGUCUCUUUGUUCUUCCAUUUUCAAAAUCGGACUCGUCCUUCACAUCCAUCUUUCUCAUUAAGCUUCUGAUGUCUCUAACUUCUUCCCAUCCAUCAGCCCCUGCAUAGUUAAGAGUGAAAAACACAAGCUCCAGAAACCCGAAGAGACAGUGAACACCAUCCAUCCAGGCUUUUGCUUACUGACAUGGUCUCACCGACCAAUUUGU